AUGUCCAGGAGCGGAGUUGAACCCAGGAAGGAUGGAGCCCCAGCGCCACCCGGACGUACACCGGAGCGCCGGUCUCUGGACCACAACUCCCAGAGAGCUCUGCGCCCGGGCGCUGGGAGCGCUUCCGCUUCCGGCAGGGACGCGUCUGGGCUCCAGCUCAACGGCGGUGUGGAGCGCGCGCGCGACGGGCGAGCGAGUGUAGCUCGGAUCUCAGGCCUCCGCCAGGAGAGGUUCUUUGCGGAGGAGGGCAUGGUUCUCGGGCUUGUGACUGCGAGGCCCCGGGAGCUAAUUGCGUUCCAGGAUGUGGCGAUAGACUUCUCCCAGGAGGAGUGGGGGCAGCUGAGUCCUGGCCAGAAGGCGCUGUACUGGGACGUCAUGUUGGAGAACUACAGGAACCUGGUCUCACUGGAUAAGGACAGUGACUUAUCCAGGAUUCACAUUGGCGAGAAACCCUAUCAGUGCAAUGAGUGUGGGAAGGCCUUUAGUGAUCAGCCAUUCUUCAGCCAGCACCGGAGGAUCCACAGUGGGAAGAAACCUUACAGAUGCAGUGAAUGUGGAAAGGCCUUUAGCUGGGCCUCAUCCCUUAAUCUCCACCAGAGAACUCAUACAGGCAAGAACCCCUAUAAGUGUCCCAACUGCAGGAAACCCUUCCGGUACAGGUCCUCCCUCAUCGAGCAGUGGAAAACCCACACAGGAGAGAAACGCUACAAAUGCAGUGACUGUGAGAAGACUUUCUGCUACAGCUCCUCCCUCAGCCUCCAUCAGAGAACUCAUACUGGGGAGAGCCCCUCCACGUGUAAGCAGUGCGGGGACGCCUUCAGGUACCGCUCCUCUCUAACCAAGCACCAGGUCAUCCACACUGGGGAGAAGCCCUUUGAGUGCCUGGAGUGCGGGAAGGCCUUCAACCACAGGUCGUACCUCAAGAGGCACCAGAGGAUCCACACUGGGGAGAAGCCGUUUGUGUGCACUGAGUGUGGAAGGGCCUUCACCCACUGCUCUACUUUCAUCUUGCACAAAAGGGCCCACACUGGAGAAAAACCCUUUGAGUGCAAAGAAUGUGGGAAAGCCUUUAGCACUAGGAAAGACCUCAUUCGACACUUCAGCAUCCACACUGGGGAGAAGCCCUUCGAGUGCUCAGAGUGCGGGAAGGCCUUCAACCGCCGGUCAGGGCUCACGAGGCACCAGCGGAUUCACAGUGGGGAGAAGCCCUACGAAUGCAUGGAGUGUGGGAAAUCCUUCUGCUGGAGCACCAACCUCAUCCGACACGCCAUCAUCCACACCGGAGAGAAGCCCUAUAAGUGCAGUGAGUGUGGAAAAGCCUUCAGUCGCAGCUCGUCCCUCACUCAGCAUCAGAGGAUUCAUACUGGGAGAAACCCUGUCCGUGUAACCGAAGUGGGAAGACCCUUCACGAGCGGGCAGUCCUCAGUCACCCUCCGAGAACUCCUUUUGGGGAAAGACUUCUUGAAUGUAACCACUGAGGAAAACCUUUUGCCAGAUGAAACGUCUACCGCGGCAUUAGAUCGGACCUACCAGAGAGAUACCCGCCAAGUAUCUUCGCUGUGAGGAAAUCUUCCAUCCCAGACCGUCGGUAGUCCAGUAGAGACACAUUUUAGAGAUUGACCGAGCCCAGAGCCUUAUUCUGUGUCUGAGAAUUCAUCCGUGAGGGAGAGAGCAGGGUUUCUUGUGCACGAGGUAAAACCCUCAGCUGCAUGUUUCUCCUUUGCUUCACUGCAGUGUUAUCUCAGGAGUUUUUAUAAAAAGAAGGUGGAGAUGUAGAGGAGCGAAUGAAACGAAAAACUUUGGGGACUUCUCUGCCCAGCUUACAGCACUUUGUCAUGGAUUCACAUGUUUACGUGGGGCCAGGGCAGCGUUGUAGAUGCAGUGGGCCUUGCCCCCGUGUGCGUCAC